ACACGCUGUCGUGUCGCGAGAGGUGCUUGCAAUAAUGUCCAAGCAAUACCUCCAAACCCUCACCAUCCCCGACGCGCAUCCCACUGACAUCUUCUCACUCGCCGUCACGCCUUCACAUCUCUUGACAGCCUCCGGAUCAUCAAGCAUUAAGAUCCGCAGCACAAAGGGCAAGACGAUCCAUGCCGAUACUGCUGAAGAUGAAGACCCUUACCCUCUCGUUCAAACCCUCGAAAAGGUGCACAAGCUAGGCUGCCACCAUGUCUGCACCAGCCUCGACGGCAGAGUAGCAGCAAGUGUGGGCUUCGCAGGCGAUGUGAAGGUAUGGGAGUGCGCAGAAGACGGUCAAUGGCGGUUUAAAGGGGACAUUGUGGGCGAGAAGAAGGCUGGCGAACACUGGGCGCCAGCGUUGAGCGAGAACGGACAAUAUCUUGCCAUCACCUCUUCCGAUGGUCGCGUCAAUGUCUACGAUACAAAACCCAUCUCAGAAGGCAAAGCCGAGAAGAUUACACAGUACGAGACGAAAGGCAGCUUUGGCAUGAGUGUUGACGUCUCUCCAAAUGGCGAGAUGACUGCAUCCGGGCACCAGAACGGAAGCAUCUACAUCUUCAACAACAGCACUCGACGGCUUGCGCACUCUCUAAGUGGACUUAUCAGGCCUGUGCGAAGUGUCAAAUUUAGUCCUGCCAAUCGAUAUCUUGCAGCCGCUGGAGACGCCAGAAUCAUUGCGCUUUACGACACCCGCAGCGGCGAGCAGGUCGCCAACUUGACAGGUCAUGCAAGCUGGAUAAUGAGUCUCGACUGGAACUGGAGUGGCGAGUAUCUUCUCAGCGGUAGCUAUGACGGCAAGGCGAAGAUCUGGAGCAUUGAGCGACGAGAGUGCGUGGCCACGCAGACGGAGAGCGAAAAGUGUCUGUGGGCUGUCAAAUGGCUCUGGCACUCCCCUACUGCGAGAAAUGAGAUUUUUGUGACGGCCGGCGCUGGCAAGACUUUGGCAUUCUAUAGGGAGGCGAGUGGGACGUAGGCUGCAUUGGUGACGGCCCUUCACGAUUCGACGUCGGAAUUUGCUAGACGCAUGAUACCCCAUGACAUGGAAGGGAUAUGACUCUUCCCAAAAGAAAUUAUAGAGAUCCGAAAUGCAUCGCCGGCCUAGAAGCUCCGGUUCGAGCUACAAUGCGGAUUCAAUUGUAUUCAGAACGGCUUGUCCUUUGUCCAACAACGCAUCUCGUAGACUUGCUCACAACUUCUUUGUUGUCUCUCCAUGAG